CGAAUUCGUCAAAGAUAUCGGUUAAGCUCGAAAAAGGAGGUUUGAUCGCUGCUCCGAGGUGGGGAAUUAUCGGUCUGUCAAGAUGACGUAUGCUCCUGACAACGAGACAACUGAUAUGUCGGUGACCCUUACACAACCAUUCCCACGAGAGCAAGCUGAUUGGUACUUCAAAGAGCCACCUUGGUUACAGGUUCUCAUCAUAGUCAUCUACGCGACUGUUAGCAUCCUGGGAGUUGGCGGGAACGCAGUGGUGUGUUACAUCGUGCUUGGACAUGCACGCAUGCGCACUGUGACGAACUACUUCAUUGUCAACCUGGCAAUGGCGGACAUCCUAAUGGCUGUCAUGUGCGUUAACCUGACUCUUUACGCCACUCUCUACAUGACAUGGCCAUUUGGGGUGGUCAUGUGUAAGAUCACAUAUUUCGUACAGAGUUUAUCGGUAUCCGUGAGCAUCUUUACUUUAAUCGCGAUAAGCCUUGAUCGAUACGUCGCCAUCAUGUACCCAUUACGCCCUCGCAUGACGGCCAAGCAGACGAUAUUGAUCGCGAUCUGCAUUUGGAUAUUUGCGGGCGCGUACGCCAUGCCUAUGCUCAUCUUCGCCCGUGUGGCGACGGACGAAUCCGCCUCAUUCUGUACGGACUCUGCUUGGAGAUUUACCAAGCAUUAUUCGUGGAUUGGCCUCGUUCUACAGUAUCUGUUACCACUGAGUGUGUUGGCAAUCGUCUACAUUCGACUGGCAAAGAAGAUCUGGGGAAGGAGAACUCCCGGUGAAGUUCAGGCAAACAGAGAUAAGAAGCUGAGUGAAUCGAAAACCAAGUUGGUCAAGAUGUUUGCAACUGUUGUUCUCAUCUUCGCCCUUUGUUAUCUACCAAUCCACACUCUGAAUCUCAUCCAAGAUAUUCACUCUUCAAUUCUCUACUUUCCAUACAUCAAACUUAUCUAUCUUUGCGGACACCUCAUCUCCAUGUCAAACUGUUUUGUCAACCCGUUUAUUUACUGUUGGAUGAACAGGAAAUUUCGAAAUGGAUUCAAGGCAGCUUUUCGCUGCCUCCCCUGCAUUACCUACGAUCCCGAAUGGGCUACGUGCAAAACUCAGGAGAGGAGAGGAACAUCGCACACUCAGCUGGAUUCCAUGUCGAUGAGUUCGAGGGGUGAUCGAAACAUGUCGAUGAGUUCGAGGGGUGAUCGUAAAUGGGCGCCAGAGAUAUACCAACGGAAUGGCUCGACGAGAAACCAUCGUAGACUAUCCGAUCUGAUUGCAGCUGCCGAGAGAUCACAAAAUCACUCGAACAUUUAGAUUCUCCUGCACUAUAUUUUCAUUUCAUUGCGUUUUUAAUAUCGUAGCCUGUUGAGAAAAAUAUAAACAUUUUAUACAUAUUAUAUUCUAUGAAACAGUCAGUAUGUUAUUUUGUAAGUAACACGUUCAGAGUAUCGAACUUGUAAAAUUGUGAUGUUACAAAUGUUCUACCAUGGAGCUGCUAGCGUUCCGCUUUCACCCUGGGUACACCGGGUAACUGCUAUACCCCCCCCCCCACCAAGUCAGAACUCUUUCCCCUUUUUUAACCUAUCAUCACACUAAACAAGUUUUCUUUCAAUAUUUGAGCUACACGGAUCGAACCGCCCUUUCACACAGUAAAAAAAAUCGUAAUUUGAAUGAUGAUUCCAGUGAAAAAUAAGGCUAAUGACGAAUAUUUAGCGCGUGUGAAACCAAACUAGAACAUAAUUAGAAUCACGAACGCUAGUCACAGUCAUGAUUACAAUGAUAGCAAUCAUCAUUGCAACGAUGAUUUAAAAUUCACGUGUGAAAAGGCCCUAAAUCCAUCGAAACAGCAAUUUGUAAGCUGAUACUAUAACAGGGACAAAAUAAGAAAGACUUACGGAAGAAAAUUGUGUUAUUUCGGCACUCUCUCCGGAUCCACGAUCCGUCGCUGCACGUAGCCAUUUAGGUUCGCAGCAGGUGGGGUAUGACAGACCACAAUCUAGACUAUCAUGUAGAAUAAUAUCAUUAUCAUUUUAAUCAUGUUAACAUUGCUGUUAUUAUACGUGAACUAAUAUCAUCACCUUUACUGUCACCUAAAUUAUUGUUCGUUGUAUCAUCAUCAUUAUUAUUAGUAUCAUCAUUAUCAUUGCUGUUUUGUUGCUUUUAGUAUAAGAAUAUUUUUUGUCAUUUUCAUAAUCAUAAUCUGUAUCUUUGAUAUGUUUUCUAUUAAUUUUAUUUCAAUUAUUAUCAAUAUAUUUUUUAUAUCAUUGUCAUCAGUAUUAUUUCUAUUCUUGUCAUUUUGGUAAUUUGUACUGUUACAAUAAUACUUGUUAUUUUUUUCUUCUCAUUCUCAUUCUCUUAAUCGUGUAAAUAAUAUCAUCAUUGAUAUAUCUUGUACAGCUGAUAAGUAAAACUUGAAUAUUUCUCACAGUGUCGUUGAAUUCUAAAGAAUUUUUAUUUUGUAUUUGAAAAAACACCCCAGACUAAGUUUAAAAAGCGGAUAUGGAGAUAGAAUGAAGUGGACUCCCGGUCUACAUUUUAAAUAAUUUAACCUAGUCUUCUGUGAAUAUUUAGCAAUGGGGAAAAGUAUUAUGUGCAAAUAUAUUCAUUUGAAAAAAACUGCAAGCUCCCUUUUUAACUCGCAUUCGGGAUUUUUUUUUCCCCCACUUAGCCUUUCGUUUUGACUAUACUGACCGGACAGCGUCUUUUUGGUUCCAUUUUAAAUAUUGUGAGACUUUGGAUGCUUUGAUGACAAAAUGAUCAUGUCCGAUCUGCGUUAUCUGCGCUCGCCCGUUCUUGAUCUUAUUUCUAUCUAUUUUGAUGCUUCACAUCCAAUAAGGGCCACCACUUCACUGUAAAACAAAUCAUAAUUUGAUUUGCAGGCAGCGUCUUCAACCAACAAUUUCCAAUUUACGUGAUACCUGCCUAUCCCGCCUCGGUUCCAGUAUUAGAGAAUUUUCGAAAACCACUACGUAGACACUUUCUGGAACAUAGUGUUACUAUUGUCUAAAGCCCUUCUUGACAAAGCAGUCUUUGUCGAAAAUCGGCGAAUCCAAUCAGCGGUGUCGUCCGUGACUCAGGACAAACGACAUAUUUGUAAUUUAUCGUCAGCUCCGAAUAUUUAGGACGAUCAUCUGUCCCGUUCACAAUUUUCGACAAAGGCCUCCCAUGCUUAAAUUGUGAAUUGACUUGAAUUUUCAAUGCAUCUGCUGUGUGCUAUAUACAGUAUAGGAUGGAUUCCGCGUAGUUGAGUGAAAACACGCUUUUCCCCCAACAGAGUACUGCUUCUCAAAAAUUUUGGUAUAGCUUAGAAUUGAUCUUACAUUUCCCACCCAUAGCGAAAAUUGACUAUUGUAUAUAUACUCUAAAAUAUAUAUACAAAUAAAACUAAAAUAUUGAAUUCAACUCUUGAAGAUCAAAAUGUAAUGUAUAUCGACAAUUUAACUGGACACUCCAAACGUCUUUCAAUAUUUAGUUCAAAUAUUUGUAAUUCCUAAAACGAUUUUUACUACUACCACUAUUCCACUAUUUUUACUACUACUACUACUUCUACUACUACUACUACUACUACUGCUGCUGCUGCUGCUACUACUACUACUACUAAUACUAAUACUAAUACUACUAUUACUACUACUACUUCUACAAAACACUAUACUACUACUAUACAACCACUACGCCACCACCACCACCAUCAGUACCAUCAUCACUUCUAUUAAUAUUACUACUAUCACUAUACUACUACUAUUACUACCACCGCUACUGCUGCUACUACUACCAAUACUAAUACUACUACUAUUGUUACUACUUCUGCCACUACUACUUGUUAUUUAUCAUAUUAGCUCAUUAGCAUAAUUUGUAUCUAUCAAACCUGGAUUUUCAAUGUUACCACGUGAUUACCAUUUCAGCACUAUUCAAAGGCUAAGUAAAAAAUACAAAAUAUUGUCUUUUUUUAUUAGGAUACGUGUAUGGGAGUUUUAAAGAUGACAUGUCGAAUGUUUCAUUGGUAAAAGUUUCAUCCAAAUUCGAUAUUGAUUUGCAAAGUAUUUCAAGUAAUUAUUUCCUAACAUUUAAAUGUUGCUUCCUUCUUGCAGUUUUUUAAUCCAAUGUUGAGUACUUUUAUAGUGUACUGAUGAUAAUACCAAGGAGGUUUUAAAUGAGAAGGAGUAACAGCAAAUAAAAUCUCUUUGAACAAGGUUAAAAACCGCCAGCAGAAAGUAUGUCAGGCAUGCACUUUGCUCAACAUCUCUUGCAAUUGUGUAGACAAAUGAUUCCCGCAUGACUCCGCAGCUAUAGGUCAUACAUAAAGGGAAAUAUGCUUUUGUGAUGAUAAUUACUUUUUCGCCGCAUCUUGGUCUGGUUAUAUGUGUAGUACAUAAUUCGGAGGCAUGCGAAAAUAAACUAUGCAAUAUGUCCUGAAAUAUGACUCAAAUCUGCUCGACUGGGCAUGUGCGGGCACUUUUCUGGCAUAUACAGUAAUGAAUAACAAUAUUCCACCGACCACAUUUGAAAUUUUCAUUCGCCGCAAACGAUCGGAAAAGUGUUAAAAUCUGGUUUCAGUAAAGGUCACAUUCUUUCUUUUUUCACUAAUUAAAGGAAAAUUGAUAUAAUAUGGGCAAAUAUCUCGUCGUAAUAGUGCUUGGUUAUUAAUGUUUUGUCAUGCAUUCAAAUUUCAGUUUGUUUAUUAAUAUGAAACAUGAAAAAUUGAUACAAAUGAAUAUUCGUAAAAUUUCACCCCUCGGAUUUCUUCAUUGAAACUGGCGGCUUCAAAAGCGGACAUCAAAAAGGUCCUUAUUGCCGUUCUUUCUUUUGUGCUUCUUUAGAAAUGAACAGCUGCUUGAAUAAAUAUGUUGCCUGUUGGACCUCCAGUCAUAGAAUCUUCUUGAUAAUUUUUAUAGAGGUCUAUUUAUAGUCUGUAUCAUUAGAGCUCAAAUUCUUAUACUGACUUUUCAAUGACGGAGUGAAAAGAGACUUGUUUUGUGCUCUAUGAGUAGGCUUGAUAACAUUAAUAUCUUCUUAAUUGCAGGAUUAAAGGGGAGGCUGAAAAGGCUGAAAUACCUUCCUGUGACAUCCUCCGCCCCCAUCUUCAAACCCAAAUGCACCGGUAGUGUUCAUACUACAGUCACACCUACGAAUCCAACUCCAACUCGACUGAUAAACUAUCAUUGGAAAUAACGUAAUACGUGUUGUCAGUCAGGACCCCGUCUUACAAAGAGUUACGAUUGAUGUGAUCAACCUUAAAUGCACGGAAAUCCAUAAUUGUCAUAUCUUUUUUCUACAGGAAAUUUGCACAAUGUCCUUUGUAAACAAAGAGAAGCACACUAACUUUUCAAGAAAGUAAUGAAUGUGUGAAUAAACAGCAUCUAGAAAAUAUUUUGAACAAACACGCAUUUUGAUGUUGACGUUGCUGGCUUUCGAUGGAUGGUUGUGGUUGAUCGGCCAACGCAGCUCUUUGUAAGACAGGGCCUUGAGUCUGAUUCGCGGAAGUGGCUUUAGCAUAAUGCUCUUUCAUUGUAGAUCCUUAAAUUGCACCAUGUCUUAAUCUAUGUCGUACUACGUUAUAAAGCAUAUUAAAACGAUGAUUUAAAACCGG